UUGUGAUCAGGUUGUGUAAGGUUGUGAUAUUUGGCUCUGUGUAAUUUUCCUUCUUUUGCUGAUAUUUUGAAUUUUGGAGUAGUACAUUUGGUAAAAUGGAAUUUGAUAAUAAUACACCUAGAACAACGUUGGGGGGUCGAAACCAGGCAGCAAAAAGACUACGUUCAGCUCUUAGCUCUGACUCCUCGGACCAUAAUGAGGGCGACUUAUCCUAUCUUGACCUAGACUCAGGAAAAGUUCUGCAAGCCUCACAAAAAACAUCUGAAAGCAAGGUAACUCUUACGUUAUCUGAAUAUGAUGCGUUAAUGUCCAAAUUGAUGUUACUUGAGAAGGGCCUUGACAAACUGAAUAAACUUGAUAAAUUGGACAAAAUUGAAAAAUCUGUGCAAUCUAUGAACAAUAAAAUUAUUGACUUUGAACAGAGAUUAAAGCAUACAGAAAAUUCAAGUAAAGAAUUUGAAAAAUCAGUUAAUUUUGUUAGCUCUCAAUUUGAUGAUAUGGUGGUUCAGAGAAACACAGAUGUUGUGAAAUUAAAUGAAUUAGAACUGUCUGUGAAAACUAUUACGCGUGAAAAUGAUGAAAUAAGAGCCGCAAUGAUCGAAAUGAAAGCUGUUAAUUCUAGUCUUAAAGAGGAGCUUUUAGAUGUUAAGUGUAGAGCAAUGAGAGACAAUUUGGUUUUUACAAAUAUCGAUUACACUGAGGGUGAAGACUGUGAAAAUGUAUUGCGCUCCUUUAUUCGUGACAAACUUGAAAUCAGAGAGGAGAUUCAAUUUGAACGUGUUCAUCGUUCUAGACCACACUCUAGCAAAUAUGUCAGAUUUGACAAGGGAGGUAAACCAAUCCCCCGACCCAUCAUUGCUAAGUUUAGUUUCUUUAAGGACAGGGAGAGAGUUCGUAAAUCGGGACGAUUUCUUAAGGGCACAAACUUUGGUAUACAUGAACAAUUCCCGGAGGAGAUUGAGGAUAAACGUCGCCCAUUGUACCCGAUACUACGACAAGCAAGGAGGGAAAAGAAAAAGGCGGUAUUGGUCAAGGACAAGUUAUACGUUGAAGGAGAGGAAGUCAAAGCUGAUGCCUACCAUAUUAAAAACAAAGGCCAAGGAAAUCAACCAAACACCGACGGACCACAUUCACAGGUGUCAGCAUAGGCUUGCCAUGGUGGCAAUUCAAAAUCUAUUUCAUUUUGUAGUUUAAAUGUUUGUGGGUUAUGCUCAAAAAGCACUAUACCAGAAUUUCAAUCUUAUCUUUCAUCUUUUGAUAUAAUUUCAUGCUGUGAAACACAUCUUGAUGAUCUUGAUGUCAUAAAUUUUGAAAAUUACUAUUGUAUUUAUAAAAAUCGGAAACAAAAAGUUGCUAGGAAGUCUGGAGGCAUUGCGAUUUUUGUUAAAAACUUCUUGAGAAAAUACUUUACCCAGAUUGAUACUGAAUGUGAAUAUGUUCAGUGGUUUAAAUUAUCAAAAUGUUUGUUUGAAACAGACGAAGAUGUUAUUUUUGGCUCUGUUUACAUCCCACCAGAAAAUACUAAAUAUUUCAACAAAAAUAUAUAUGACUUGUUUUACACAGAGUAUGAAAAUUUCUGUACCAAUUAUAAACAUAUAGUUACAUUUGGUGACUUCAAUGCUAGAACUGGUAAUGUUGAUGAUAUAUUGCAAGUUGAUGAAAAACUUUUUGAUAUUAUAGAUAUUGAAUAUAACAGUAUAUUUGAUGUAGAUAUUUUAAACGAGUUGAGAAAAAAUGAUUUUUCUGUAGCACGUGUUUCAAUGGAUAAAGUUGCUAAUCGUUUAGGAAGAGAUCUUGUAGAUUUUUGUAAAUCGAAUGAAACAGUGAUUUUAAACGGAAGGUCGUUUACAGAUAAAAAUGUAGGUAGUUUUACUUGUAAAAACUCUUCAAUUGUUGAUUAUGUAAUAGCUUCAGCACACGCACUAAAACUAUUUAACGGUUUUACUAUAGACGAAUUUAACGCAUUAUACUCUGAUGUGCACUGUCCAAUCAAUUUCAAUUUAUCGCAUAUUGUUGAAAAUAAUUUAAGGCAGACUUAUUCUUCCAAUGAGAAAAUUAAAGGUUGGACUCAAUCCAAAGCAAAUGUAUUUCUUGACAAUAUUAACAGUAAUAAAGUUGAUGAUAUGUUAAGAGAAAUCGAAAGCUGCGAAGAAAUUGAUAAAGAUUUUAUUAACUCUAUUUUUCGAAACAUUGAAAAUACACUCCUUGUAUCUGCAAAGAAAACAUUUGGUAUACAAAAAAUGAAAACAAAUAUUUCAGAUGGCUGUAGACAGCCUUGGUUUGAUAAUGAUUGCAGAAAUGCUAGAACGUUAUAUCAUAGAUGUAAGCGAAAAUACCAAUGGACAAAAAAUGAACGUAACAUGUCUGAUUUAUAUAAUUCUAGUAAAAAUUAUAAGUAUAUUAUGAGAAAAAGUAUUGUCAAUUUUAAAAGGGAGCAGAGAAAGAAAAUACGAAACAUGAAAAACUCAUCGCCUAAAGAAUAUUGGAAUUAUGUUAAUAGUAUAAGUAAGAAAAAACAAAUGACUGAUGUUGAUGUUUCAGCAUUUUAUGAUUUUUAUAGACAGCUUAAUACAGAUACAGUAGAUGCAAAUGACAACCCAGAAACAGACUAUCCAAAUGUUAAUUUUGAUAAUGGGCUUAAUGAUAGCAUAACAAUCUCUGAGAUACAAAGAGCAAUAGAUAAACUUAAGAAUGGCAAGGCGGCUGGUCUGGAUCAAGUUACUAACGAAUAUAUUAAGGGAAGCAGUACUUUACUUAUACCACUUUAUCACAAAUUGUUUAACUGUAUUCUUAA